AUGCCGGGCGGGGCGUGUGCGGGCGCCGCUGCUGCUGCUGCCAGCAGCAGCAGCAGCAGCAGCAGCAGCAGCAGCAGCAGCAGCAGCAGCAGCACGCGGACGCUGCGAAUCAGCAACUUGGACCCUGCAGUCCUUCUGGACCAACUGAGGAUAGAUCUUUAUGAACUUUGUAAACCCUUUGGCGAGGUUUUGGAAAUAAUUGCAAAAAGAGAAAAAAGAGGAGAAGCUCUGGUGGUUUUUGCUGCUGAAGAAGCAGCAGCAAAAGCCUACAUGGCGCUGCAGGGCCAAACCCUGUACGGCAAAACCCUCAGAGUGGACCUUGCGGAGAACCCGCCGCCGCUGCAGGCCGAGGAGCCUAGGGUUUAG